CUGUGCAGCAGUAAAUAGUCGCAGCGGCAGCAGCAGAUGAUAUCACUCUGCUUCAGUCGCCCAUCAGUACGCCGUUGUUUGUCGCAGAGUGUGUGUUUGAGGUGUACAAGCAACAGGAAGGAUACAGCUAAAAAGCUAAGCGCUACAUGCUAGCUAGGUACCGUCAUUUCAAUUGUGCUGCUAAAGGUUGUUGUUGUUGUUUGUUUUUCGUCUUUGCCACCAUCUCGUCAACAUGGAUUAUACGUUGUUGAGUGCAUAUUGAUAACGCGACAGGGAGCAAGUGUGCGAGAAAAAAGAGGAGCUAGUGAGAAAACCUUAAACCUCAUGCAUACCCACGAUUUUUAAGCGACCCAACGUUUUGUCCAACCGUUGUGAAAGGGAGGUUAGGCAACGAACGCAUGUGUUUGUCAGUGACAUUCGAUUCUGUGUGUGAAAAAAAAGGCGAGGGUUUGCUACGUCCACUGCCGAUGACGACGACAACGCCAAAAACGAAUAGAAGAUAACUAUAGUCGCUGACUGUGGGCAUGAACGCUUCCAUAUACGUGUGUGAAUUUUGGAAUAUUUUUUGCUGUCAACUAGGUUCAUUAUCUUGCUUGCAAGAGUCGCAAACGCGGGCAGUAGCAUAAAUAUCAGGAUUUUAGGUUCAGUGCAGUUCGUUUUAUGUUAUGUAAAAAAAUACACAUCGGGUGCAAACGAGGACGUACGACGACUACCAUAACGACGGCAGCGGCCAGUACGGCGACAAAUUACGAGCCGACAAAAUCUGCCCAGUAGUUACAAUUGUUCGUAGGGACGUACCGACAAUUGGUUAAAGCUGCCAUCGACUGAACGACGAUCUGAUCUCCUCUCCGUCCCCCAUUCGUCCGUCUCCUCGCCGCUGCCCUCUUCCCCUCGCCCCCCCCCCCCGGCCGGUCUGGCCCAGCCUCGUCUGGUUCUUGGAGGAGAGGGAGCAAGCGUUGUGCUGCCGUUGCUGCUGCUGGUGGUAUUGUGGAACAACGCAGUUGGCGGGCGCGCAUGCAUCAGCCUAAGCAGUCCAGCAGGCACCAGAAACGGCGGCAGGGCCUGAGAAAAUCGGCCAGCAACGGGAACGAGAGCCGGAGCACCGUCGACGACGAUAUCAACACAAUCAGCAUCAACAGCGUUAACAGGACCCGCGAUAGGCACAACAACAGGAACGGAACUACAGUAAAUAUAGUCACUAUCAUUCUCAUCGACAUCGGAAUCACCAGCGGCAUCAGUCAUCGUCAGUAGCAGUGGUGUGGUACCUGUGGGGUGCUGGUAAAGUGAGGUGAGGUGGCCUGAGUAACUCCAGAAAUUCGUCUUCUCCGGUGGCCCACGGCCAGGGCUUAAGCGACAUGCACUGAUUUCAUUACGGCAUAGGCGCCCGCGUUUAGUUACCGUUUCCCUUGGUUCUUUCCACCCAUCGUUAGACGGCGCCUAUAUAGAUCACCACUACUGCUGCUACCGCUCCACAUAGUAAUAAUAAUGAUCAUAAAGAAUAACAGUAACUACAUUUGUAUAAAAUAGACACAAAAAGGAAGCAGCAGUAAUACCAAUAAACACAGGAUAACAAAAAUACAAUGCAGUGAUAAACCGCCCUUACAAAUUAAAACCAGGACAGCAAUUCUAAAAUAAGGACAUCCUUAUACAGUCAUCGAUCAACGUGAAACGCAAUAAGGAAAAGGAAUUCUUAAGUGUUAAAACGAGCAACAAUCAACACUAAUAGUAACUCGAAAAUUCGAAUCAACUAUGGCCUUCUCGUCGAAUUCAACAAAUUAAUUUUGACUGAUUAAACUACUUGGCCUGAUUGUGUCAGCUCGAAACGGCCAACCUAUUUUUCUGCUGAGGCGAAACGACGGCAGCCGAACAAUCGCCUAAUAACCUAAACAGGUGGAAACGACACAAAAGACCUGAUUAGAGAAGACCAGAGAGAGAUUCGCUCAUCGGAUAAUUGUCACGUAACUGUGAGCUUGCCAAAUCAGCAGACCGAAGAAGCGAGCAACUACUGACUGACCUUUACGGCACGCUGACGCUUUUCGCUUCUCCGUCGCCCUCUGUUUCUACUCGUGACAAUCGAUGUUUUUCCUUUUCUUCGGGGCUGAGUGAGGGUAUCCUGUUGUGGACGUUGUCGUCCCAGUGUGUGUGUGUGAACGGCCUCAGGAGACGUUGCCCGAGGCGCCCAGCAGGUUAGUGCUGGAAUCUUGUAAAAUGGCCCCUCUCGCUUGAUCUCUUCUAGCCUACCGGUGUAGGCUUGCCGUCAACGUGAGCAACAGCCAGCGUGACGCUGUCUUUGUGGGCGUCCUAUUAUCCUAUUGGCGAAAGAGAUAAGCGCCACUUUACCACUGGCCAAAGUUUUUGACCCAAGUGUCCUGUUCGUGGUGCCUUUUAGUUUUGUCUUGCUAAUCGGUUCUGGCCGUCACGUUCUCGCUAUCUAGUUUAGGGCUCAGUGUUGGGGAACUUCGAUUGGGUCAACAAUCGCAAGAGCUCCGUUACAGUUCCUCAGCAGCUAGGCCGCAGCCAUAAUAACAACAGCAACAUCAAGUACAACAAAAAAACCGAGAAAAUCGGAUAUUUUGCGCUGCCGUUUGUCGCGUUGUACGGUAUGCUUACCGUUACCUCAUAACAACUGCUGCCAGGUGAAUCACUGCCAGGUGCUCUAUAGUGAGUGGAUCGCAUACAUCCUCACAUUAUUGGGUGCAUGUGUGUAUGUGCUAUGACGCCGAUCAUUCUCAGCACCUAGUAUAUAAAUACACAAAUAUAUUCGAGCCCUACUAGGCCCUUUUACCGUAACUAGCUUUGCCUAUAAAAAUAAUAACCAAAGGAAUCAAACUUGCCGUCGUCUCAUCUUCGUCUCGUCCUAUUUGUUGUUGUCGUCGUCGUCCUAUUUCAGUUGAUUCUUGUAACAGUGUGAGUUGCUCUCUGUCGCUCCCCGACUUUGCCAUCGUUGAUGUCUCAAAAGUGUCAAGUGUAUUGUUCUUUCUUCAUGCCUCUGUGAAGUGCGUGACGGAAUAAUUUUUCUCGCCAACUGGAUUACUAAUCAUCCGUCUGACUGCUACUGCUAUUUGUCGCGGAACGAUAGAGAAAGUGUUUGUAUGAUUGUGCCGACCGCUAUCGACAAGCUGACUUGUAUUUAUUGCACAAAGAACCACACAGGAUACGUCAUUUACCGUGCGCUAGAGAAUUAUUGCAACCUAAGAAGCCAACUGGCGGCAGCUCCGUGUCAUUGCAACAACGACAACAGCUGCAAAGCCAAGAAUAGAAAAGAAAACAACAACAGCAGUAGCAACAGUAGCUAGUAAAACAGCUGCACCAGCACGGGGCCACCACCCUCUUUUGUACCUCCAUCACCUCUGCGUCGUAGAUCCCCUUCCUUUUUCUUCAAACGGCCUUCAUUUCUGAGCGAAAUUUCUGUGACGAAGCAUCAAGCACCUUUUGAUGAAACUGCUAUCUUCGCAAUUCGGUCGUUUAUGUUGCUGAAGUACGCUGUUCCUCAUUAAUACGUGUUUUCAUUAGUUGAUGUUGUGUUCGUUGAUGAUACGUUUCUAGCGGAUACGCUACAAGCGACCCGUUGUUUGCCUGUGUGAGUGCGGCACUGUCUUAGUCAUUUGUGUACAACAUACCAGAACAACAUUAACGAUAUCUGCUGUUACAACGACAAAGCUGAGGAGAACAAGCUAUUGCUAAUCAUACAGCAGCGCCACGAAGCCCUCGACGACAUUACAUUCGCCAGUCGGCUAUUAUAACACGUUUGUGUUCAGGAGGUCGUCAGCCAAACAAGCCUGGCUGUUGUUAUUGUUGUUUGUUGGUUGGUUUGUUUAUAAAAUAAGAUCAAAGAAGAAGGACGUAGAUUUUCGCCAAUAAAAUCAUCACCAUAAUUCGACGCUUUCAUUGGACGGCGUUUUACUUUUAACGCGCUACGACGUUUGAUUGUAUCUGCUAUAGCAACGAGACCCAAGUUGUCGCUAUAAUAAUUUGAGUUAUCACUGUUCCGAGCAGAUCAUAGAAUUAAUAUAAGCCUUUAAUACCGACUGCUUACCCGAUCGCAGUAAUUACUUACGCUCAGCCAACAGGGACAACAACGAUACUAAUAAUAACUCGUGCACUCGUAUAGCAAGCACAAGCCGACGUUUUUUUUCAACAAUACUUAUUAUUACCAAGGAAAUAGCAAAACGUCAGAAGGAGACUGUAAUUUGGCAGAAUAAGCUACAGCAGCUGUUGUGAAUACGCCCCUUAACCUUUUCUGCCCUGCCCUCUUCUGCCUCGACCGCUCCUUCCCGUACCGGCAUUCGAGUGGGGUUCAGAUUACCGUACCGGUGGUGAUUGUGGGUGCUCUUCAUCGUCAUACAAAUACAGCUACCGAUACUACGAUAAUAACAAUUAUUACGAUUGUCUGUAAUUGUUGUUACUGUUGUUACUAAGUCUUCGAAGGGGAUUAGCUGUCAGGUACCCUUUUCUUUACUUAAUUGUUGUUGUUGCUACUACUGCUGUUGACGUUUUCACGAAGUUCGUUCCCAACUUCGAUCACCGUCAUAGACACGGUCCGAUAGACGAACAUCAUCUGUCACUUCAGUUUUUCUAUUCAUCAAUUAGUAUCAUCUGUAUUAUCAUAAGCUUGUUCAUUCUUAUCGGUUAUCAUUACCGUCGUUGUCAGCGAUCCCUCAGCGACGGCAACAACAACAAUAAACGGAACUGUAUCAUCAACGACGACGACGACGACGACGACGACGACGACGACGACGACGACGACGACGACAACAAUAACAACAGCGUUAUAAAAAAAAACCACAACAGCUUAAUUUUCGGCAGGCUGCGGCAACGCACUGCCAUGCAACAUCAUCACACUGCCAUCGCCGCCAGGAGCGCGGGCGCUCUCUUUGGAGUCAUCGUAACAGUGUCGCUGAUGUCGGAGCUAAUUGGAGUUGCGAGUGCGGAGUGCUUCAUCGGGAAGGCAAUCCAGGACACCGAGCUCUGCAGCAACACGUUCCAGGGGAUGUUCGAGAAAAAAGAUGACUCCGGCAAAGAGCGCAAGUUCAAUGCAACCAACCCCGCAGAUCUUCGCGAAGCGUGCUGCUCUAUGGAACGGCUCGAACGCUGUCUACAGGCUGCCUCUACAGAUGCAGGAUGUCGCGACGAGGUCCGCUUCAUCGUCGAGCAUAUGACCGCGACCGCCCGAAAACUCAUACAUUCGCUAUAUAAGAUCCAAUGUAACAAGGUCGACUGUUCGUCCGGCGCGGGCAGAUCAGUGGGCCAUGCAUCGUGGUCAUUAUUAGCGUUGAGUUCGGUAGCCGUCAUACUACGUACCGCCCUACAAGAAGGAACCCUAUUGGCGCUCAGAUAAUGCUCAACCAGCCAGGCUGCCUCGCUUACCUUCUCCCUACUCACCGACAGAAAAACAACAAUUACUGCCGCUAUUACUAUUAUUACUGCUACUGUUUAGGUCACCAUUUGCUACCUGUAACCUUGGACAGGAGUGAAGCCCGCAGCCGAGCGCUGAAUCUUCGUACGCUUGCCGCAAUAAUUGUAGUAAUCAGAGAAAAACGGAAAAAGUAGCAGCAGCAUCGGCAUCAGUAACAACGGCAGCAGUUACUACUAAAAAUGUUCAUGAUUAUCACCUACAGAACUGGCAUUCCAAACUCUUUUCGUUGAUGAUGUUGCUGGUGCUGCUGUUGCUUCUACCAAACCAAUAACGAUAACAAUCAGAGGAAGAAAAAACAAUGGGGACAACAGUGAAAAUAAGCAAAAACCACAAUAAGCAAGCACUAAAAACAAACGCCUCCCCGGCCCAUCCUUCCCGUCCAGCUUCGUUCGUUCGUCCAUUCAUUUGCUCCUUUCCGACCAGCGGCGCUCGGGUUGCGAUUAAUGACGGCGGGAAAAAAAAUUAUAGAAACAAAAAAUGAUGAUGGAAACAUCGGAACGUAACGACUGGCAAUCGAUGUAAUCGGUAACCAUUGUUAACAUAAAUCUGAGACGCCGAGCUGUUUGAAAGGCGGAACGAGGGGACAGGUAGUGCGGGGAGAUAGAAGGAGCCAGGGGGAAAAAAGGAGAAUGAGACAAAUACGCGAGCGCCAAGGAGAGCGGUAUAGAACAUUUGUUUGAUGAUGAAGGUAAUAAGAGAGCAGACGACGGGAGACUGUUACGAUGAUAAUCAUGGUGGCCGGGAUGAUGAUGACAACGACCCUUGAAGAAGUGAUACUGCGUAGCGAAGGGUUGAGGACCGUAUCAAUUAACGGAUGAGAAAUAAUAAACAGAAUCAAUCUUGUAAUAAUCAAACCUGCAAUACGAUAUUUUCACCAUGAGUUGUUUCUAUUGACGAAAGAGAGCACACAGAGUAAAUACAUAACUAAACACGGAGAGCUGCAAGGAAAAGGAAGUGAAUAGCGAGACAGAUACGCAGAUAGAUAAUAAGAAUUGCCAAUUAUUUCCACUUAUUAUAAUAAUAAUUAUUAUAAUGAUUAUUUAUUGCUAUCACUAUUGUUGUAUUCGUACCGCAUUGAUUAUACAUUGACUGAGAGAGGGCGGCACGCGAAAAUGAGUUGUCUCCCUUCAACAAUAGCGAUUAUUAUUAUUAUUGAACGGCGUUUCCGUGUAUAGAAGCACGGAUGUCAGCUGCUCACGUUUAUAUAUACAAUAGAAGAUGUGCUGACGUGACACAAUAAUAAUUAUAAAAACAAUCUCAAUAACAAUGUUGUCAGCGAUGUGUCAAGCACAAAUCAAUAAUUAUACAACGUAAUUAGUGAUAAUGGCAACACUGACACAUAAUGAAAACGGAAACAGACCCAAAAGACGCCCAUGGAACACACACACACACAGGGAACAAAAAGGUGGUAUAAAACAAACAAGAGAGGGUAGGCGAUUGGUGUAUACACACAGCAGAUUUAUAAAGAUACAAACACACAUUCAGUCGCUUGCAUGAAGCGUGUAUGUAACACAUUCGGAACGGAUCGAUGCUAACGGCAAUUUUACUAGACGACGACGACGACGACGACGACGACGACGACGACGACGACGACGACGACGACGACGACGACGACGAC